AUGUCUGAAUACGUCUCUCAGGAAGAUCAGCCGACCGUGCAAGACAACGAGUCGGAACGUCGGCAUCAUCACCAUCACCACCACCAUCAUCAUCAUGGAGAUGAGGCUAUGUCUCCUCAGCCCCAACCUCAAAUGCAAUCAGAGUCUGAGCGAGCACAAGCACAAGCACAAGCACAAGCACAGCCACAACCACAAACACAACAACCUGAUCAAACAAAUCUCAAUGCGAUAUCCACGGAACCAGUUCAUGGCAAUCGAAUCGGUAAAUAUCAAAUGGUCAAGACACUUGGAGAAGGAUCAUUUGGUAAGGUGAAAUUAGCUUACCACACAACGACAGGCCAAAGAGUGGCUCUCAAGAUUAUUAACAGGAAAACAUUGGCAAAGUCUGAUAUGCAGGGACGAAUAGAGAGAGAGAUUUCUUAUUUGAGGCUUCUCAAUCAUCCGCAUAUUAUCAAAUUAUAUGAUGUUAUUGAGUCCAAAGAUGAGAUUAUUAUGGUGAUUGAAUAUGCGGGAAAGGAGUUAUUUGAGUACAUUGUCCAGCAUGGAAGGAUGACGGACUCGGAAGCUCGGCGAUUUUUCCAGCAGAUUAUUGCUGCUGUGGACUAUUGUCAUCGCCAUAAGGUUGUUCACAGAGACUUAAAACCCGAAAAUCUACUACUAGAUGACCAUUUGAACAUCAAAAUUGCUGAUUUCGGUCUUAGCAAUAUCAUGAGUGACGGAAAUUUCUUAAAGACAAGUUGUGGCUCGCCUAACUACGCUGCGCCUGAAGUCAUUUCCGGCAAAUUGUAUGCAGGACCCGAGGUUGAUGUUUGGUCGUGUGGUGUUAUUCUCUAUGUGAUGCUAUGUGGUAGGUUACCUUUUGACGAUGAAUUGAUUCCAGCAUUAUUCAAGAAGAUUUCCAACGGCGUUUAUACGAUUCCACAUGAUUUGUCUCCGGGAGCCAAGAACUUGCUUACCAGGAUGCUUGUGGUGAAUCCCUUAAAUCGUAUUACUGUCAAGGAGAUUCUGAAAGAUCCAUGGUUUACGGUGGAUUUCCCCGACUAUUUGAAACUCAAGGAUAUGUCUACCGUGAAGGAUGUGACUAUCGAUGAAGUUGAUAGCGAUGUCGUUUCUGCGUUGUCGUCGGCCAUGGGAUACAGCGAGCAGGAGAUUCUAGAUGCCAUUCGGGUAGGAAGACAAUCGGAAACAGAAGAAAUUCUCGAUUCUUACGAGUUGAUGCGUAAUAACAGCGUUUUGGUGGACGAUAUUAAGCGUCAGAGUGAGCCAGAAAAUGGUCUGGAGGAAAGAGUUCAGCAAAACUCAGACUGGAGAACCCCUACACAGCAGGGAAGCGUAGUGAAUAGUAAGUACGCAUUGCAAUCGAAUAUUGCCGUGCUACCGUCAUCACUGCCGCAGAUUCACCGGGCAUACAUGGUUCAAAUGCAUCCAGAAUUGGCAUCAAUCCAGCCAAUAUCUACAAAGAAAUCUAAAACUAGGUGGCAUUUUGGUAUCAGGUCGAGAUCUUAUCCUUUAGAUGUUAUGGGAGAGAUCUACCGAGCCUUACGUAAUCUGGGAGCUGAAUGGCAGAGACCCUCUGAAGAGGAGUUAUGGACGAUUAAAGUUCGAUGGAAGUACUCUCCCAAUGAUCUUGAUGCCGGCCAGAAAGAAAUGAAGAUUCCCGAUAUGAUGAAGAUGAGGAUCCAGUUGUUCCAGCUCGAGCCUAACAAUUACCUAGUGGACUUUAAGUUUGACGGCUGGGAUAAUGCUGACUGUAGUGAGACAGAGGAUAUAGGACUACCAGCCGAUGAUGAUGAGGUGUCUUCCUUCAGCGCGUAUCCGUUUUUGCAUUUAUGUACCAGAUUGAUUAUGGAAUUGGCUGUAAACAGUCAAGGUUAA